AUGCAUAGCAAAGUUUUCCGAAGUUUGACUGGAUUGCACGAUCUCAUCGAAGUGUCAGGUCGAGACGCACGUGCUGGAGCAAGGCCUUGGUGGAAUGCUGCGGGAGAUGGACGGGCCAAGUCAAAGAACUCGUCUCAGCACAACCAGGUGCGCAAGGCUCACCGUAACGGUAUCAAGAAGCCCAAGACCAACAAGUACCCUUCCCUCCGUGGUGUUGACCCCAAGUUCGUCCGCAACCAGCGUUACGCCAAGCACGCAUCCACGAUCGUGGCAAGGGAGAACAUACCCGAACUGGAAAGCGCUGAUCCGAACGUCGAUCCCCGCUUCGCCUGCACACCAAACAUCAGAGAGACAUUGGAUGAGAACAAGAACUGCGAUGACUUGACAUAUGAACAAUUGGUGACGAGAUCCAAGAUGCAAACCGACGAAGACGAUGAGAAACUACAAAGUACAAUGCGGACAGAACCAUACGACGGGAAACGUGGACAAAGCGACUAG